UUUUCUUGACAGUCUUGAGUUGAAAGUUGAAAAGAAAAGACUAGUUUAAAUUCUAAACAAUUUAUAUUCACAGCUUUUCGUGUUUUUUAAGUAAACAGUGUUUUGUAGUACAGUAUAAAAAACAUUAACAUACUAACAAUAAUGAAGUUUCUGUACAUAAUCUUAUGUACAGUUGCGUGCAGCAAUGCCGCGUCUAAAGCUAAAGAAGAAGAGAAACUCCGGGAACAAAUCGUACAUGAUCUAGGCCUUUCACGGAUUCCUGAUGUACAUAAGGCAAAUGUAUCUGCUGAGGAGUACGCCUUGAAGUUGGAUAUCUACAGACGAAGUAUGGAGCAGACCAAUGCUAUUCGGGAGCUCCAGGAUCAUUUCAUGGAGCAUCUUGAAUCCACAGCUCCCUCCUCAAGUACACUGCUUUAUACAGGUCUAAGACGAGGCAAGAGAAGUCUUCACAACUCCGUGAUUCUCAAGUUCGACCUAGUUGAUCUCCAGGCAAACACUGGUGCAGUGUUUGUGACCUCAGCCCGCCUAACGGUCAACCUCCGUCAGGUUAAAGACGGAUCCUUUCCUGGCCUUCUAGAGGAUCAGGUCUGUGCUAUUCAGCUGGUUAAAGAAGAGGAGGGCCUUCAGCUGGACUGUUCAACAAGCCAAGAAUCUGAUGAGGAGAUGGUUGUCGUUCUUGACGUGACUCAUGCUCUCCAGGCGUGGAUGAUCGAUCCCACAACAGAUCUUGGUAUUUUGAUCAGAGCUGUUGGAUGGGAGAUAGAGGGGGAGCCUGCAGUAGCAGUUGAGUAUGUUGUUGGAGAUACACCACGUGUUAAACGCGAUCUUUACCGAAGUACCGAGUUUGAUGUCGUCAGCAAAUCUAAGACAGACUGCAAGAGCGGAAGCCGGGGGCGAUGCUGUCGUCAAAGCAUGCCAGUCGAUCUACGACAGCUAAAGGGGUUCGAGUUCAUUAUGCAGCCAGAUGUAUUUGAUGCUUAUUACUGCAAGGGGAAAUGUCACUCCCGGGACCUUGCUUUGAACGACCACUCGCUUCUUCAGUACUUCAUGCACCUGCGGGAUUCUAAGGUGAAAAAGCCCUGCUGCUCACCCCGAAAAUACGAAUCCCGGGACAUAUUGCAUCUAGAUGAAAUGGACUCCACGCGGUUAAAAGUAACUAAUUGGAAGAAUAUAAUUGUGCGGGAAUGCGCAUGCGCAUAAGCGCGCCACUUGCAGCUUGCGCAAAAAUAUUUAAUGCCGCAAAUUAAAUCCAAAUUCAUUUAGAGAAGAAACCUAUACUGUACCAAUAUAUUGUAUCUAGUCUGAAGCCAAGAAGGGCUUGAUCUCAGUGAUAUUUUUUUUGAAUGUUUAAUGUUUGUACCACAUUAAACGUAUUUUUGUGCACGUCAGGCGUGUUUUUUGAUACCCUAGCAUUUAUAUACACAUCAAAACUUUUCGAAAAUUUUAGAAUUUGAAAAUAUUUACAACUUUUUAAAUUUGAAUUAAAAAACAUUUACAUUUAGACUAGGCUCGAAUUUUUAUCAAAGGAAUUCAAUUUUCGAAUUCUGUGCUUUCAGAACGGUUGUACGCGUACUGCACUGUAACUUUGUCAAAACAUAAUUCCUUCCGUGAAAAAAAAACACACACAUUUACAGAGUAUUUACAUAUAUAUAUAUAUAUAUAUUGUUAUUGUUAUUAUUUGUUUUUUAAUGUCUGUAAUUUGUGAAGAUUUGGACUUAAUGAGCCGUUUAUAAAGCUCUUUUUAUAUAUAAAGUUUUGUCGUUUUUGACGUUUUUAUCUUUCAUGGAUUUUGUCGGACUUUUCUGACGCAUUUACAACUCCUAUACGGAAAAUAUUUAUAAGAUUUAUAAAAUAUCUUUGAAAAUUUUAAUCGAAAAAUUAGAAAAUUUAUCUGAGCGGAAAAACAUAAAAAAAAACUACUUAUCCCUAGCUCGGCUUUCACUAUAAUGCUGUGAUGUGACAGACCAAAAUAUUUGUAAGUUUGUCAUUAAUAUGAAUAUAUGUAUUGUGAUUGUAAAAAUUGUAUUACUUUUUAUUCUGCACUUAAAUUGGCUGGAUAAUACUUUUUUUACAUAAAAACUUGGAGAGUUUUCAAUUGAAAACGAAGAAUAUUUUUGCAGGCAAUUGGCAUAUACUUCUUUUCCAAUAUUUUAUUAGACUUUAACCAAUUGGAAAAACAUCAUCUUCAAAAACAUGAGAAACUAUAAUGAUCUAUUCUGUGUUACUUUAGAGUAACGGCUGUGAAAGACCCAUCUCCCAAAUGAAUAAAAAUUAUAUACACACACAUAUAUAUAUAUAAUUUAUAAUUUAUAUUCGUGAAAAAAUUACACUUAAAACGUUGUAUUCUGGAAAUAUACAUAUUUGUAAUUCGA